AACAGAACACGAUGACAAGACAAAGAAACUCAAAAGAUCUACAUAUUUACAUACAUAUUAUAUAUAACUCUCUUGCCCUUUAAUUUGUUGUUUUUCCUUUUCCAUAAACGUAGAACAGGGAAUCAGUGCGAGGCAAGAACGGAAUCGAUCGGUGAUAAAAAUAACAAGCAAUCAACAACUGAUUUUGAUCAGCAGAGAGAUUGGAAAUGGCGGCUGCGAGAAUUACGAGGCUGUCUUUGGGGUUGCUGACGAUGGUAGUGUUGGCAUCUGUCUCGGUCCGACCGUCGUACGGCCUACGGAAGUUGGUCGGUGGGAAGUCGGAUGUUCCUGACGUCGAAUCCAACAAAGAACUCCAAGAACUCGGCAGAUACUGUGUAGAGGAAUUCAAUCUGAAAGAAGGAAGACGAGAGAAAGGGUCGGGUGAGGAAGAAGAAGAAGUGUUGGGACCGUUGGUGUUCAGUAGGGUGGUGGAGGCUCAGAGACAGGUAGUUUCAGGGAUCAAGUACUUUCUGAAGAUCGAAGUCACGUUGCCCGACCGUACAACCAGAAUGUUCAGCUCCGUUGUCGUCGUCAAACCAUGGCUUCCGUCGAGGGAACUGCUCGAUUUCUCCCCGCUCACGAACCCCAUCUUCUUGGUUUCUUGAUGGAAGUGUUCCCUUCGGUCAAACUGAAAAUGGAGAUAUUGUAAAUGUUGUUGUGAUUCAUAUAAUAAAUAAGCGAUGAGAGCUUUGAACAA